ACGCGAUAAAUGCGCGGUCACACGCGGAUAAUAAAAACAGGAAAAAAACACAGUAAGAAGUAGUGCAAAUGCUUAAAAAAUUAUUGCAAAUACAAUGUCAAGCAGCGGCGACUAGAAUCAGUGAAAUAAAGGCUGAAACUCCAUGCAAAUUUGUUGCAAAAUCAUAAAGACGAGAACGCCAUUUACCAGCCGCGGUCCAGCGAGUGCGCGUGUAGAACUCUUUGCCGGACAGACGGAGAGAGAGAUAUUGUGUGUGUGUGAGAGCGAGAGAGCGCCGCCGCCAAAGCUGCACAACACAUACACGACUCUUGGCCUGUCAGACACUUCGCGGUCGGUUCGGUCGGCUGAAACAAGCAAUAUUACGGGCGAAAAUCCUCAAAAAAAGUGCCUACAAAUUUUGCAUUAAACAAUUCGGAGUGCGCAAGAGAUUCUUUCAGUGUUCACGCUAGCAUUGGGCGUCCAGUUGAACGUGCAAAUCCAACGCAUAAAAUCGGAUACCAAAAAAAAAAAUGAAGAAUAGCAUGGAAACGAUGGAGUUCCAUUAAGUUUCCGGGUGGUUCGGAAACGUUUCUGCUGGGAGCCGAACGAAAAAUAUAAAAAAAAAAACGGCAGAGAAAAAAGUUCGAAAAAAAACAAAAAAAAAAAAAGUAAUAUAACAACAAGAGCAAUAAAAACGCUUGCAAAAGAAAUUUGCUACGCUGCCUGCCUGCCUGCCUCACGUUCACGUUCGGGCUCGCCUCGCCGCUAACCGGAAGGACGGUAGGAAACGCUGUGCCGGGGACGAGGACGAAGACGACGAGGACACCACUCACCUCACUCCUGCUCCUGCUUCUCCGCCCUUUCUCUGUCAUCCGGGAAACAAGAAGAACUAUUUGCGCUGGCUCCCAUAGCAAAUUCAACGCUGUCGCUGUCGAAACCCGGAAUUAUUCAUCUUACCAUUAUUGGGAGUGUUUUAGCCGGCACACAAUCAUUGCUGUCCCACAACCAUAAAUAACAACAUGUAUCCCCAACCGGUGCGUCACCCCGCGGCCGGGGGACCACCACCUCAGGGCCCAAUCAAAUUUACCAUCGCCGAUACAUUGGAACGCAUCAAGGAGGAGUUCAAUUUUCUGCAGGCACAAUACCACAGCAUCAAAUUGGAGUGCGAGAAGCUGGCGAACGAGAAGACGGAGAUGCAGCGCCAUUAUGUUAUGUAUUAUGAGAUGUCCUAUGGCCUUAAUGUGGAGAUGCACAAGCAAACGGAGAUCGCCAAGCGCCUCAAUACACUGAUCAAUCAGUUACUUCCAUUCCUACAGGCCGAUCAUCAGCAACAAGUGCUGCAGGCGGUGGAGCGUGCGAAGCAGGUCACCAUGCAGGAGCUCAAUCUGAUUAUUGGGCAUCAGCAGCAACAUGGAAUACAACAACUUUUACAGCAAAUACACGCACAGCAGGUGCCAGGCGGACCGCCACAGCCGAUGGGUGCAUUGAAUCCGUUUGGUGCAUUGGGUGCCACCAUGGGACUGCCGCAUGGGCCACAGGGUUUGCCCAAAGCGCCGCCAGAUCAUCAUAGGCCGGACAUAAAGCCCACAGGGCUGGAGGGACCAGCAGGCGCCGAAGAGCGUUUGCGCAAUUCAGUUUCACCAGCGGAUCGUGAAAAAUAUCGCACACGCUCGCCGCUGGACAUUGAAAACGACUCGAAGCGUCGGAAAGAUGAGAAGCAACAACUGCAAGACGAUGAAGGCGAGAAAAGCGAUCAAGAUUUAGUCGUAGAUGUUGCAAAUGAAAUGGAAUCCCACUCUCCACGUCCCAAUGGCGAACAUGUGGAGGUACGCGAUCGUGAAAGCCUCAAUGGCGAACGUCUGGAGAAGCCCAGCAGUAGUGGCAUCAAACAGGAACGUCCGCCCUCGCGCUCUGGCUCCAGCUCGUCACGUUCCACACCCAGCCUCAAGACAAAAGAUAUGGAAAAGCCGGGCACUCCGGGCGCCAAGGCACGAACACCGACACCAAACGCUGCCGCACCAGCACCAGGCGGUGUUAAUCCUAAACAAAUGAUGCCACAGGGACCACCGCCAGCCGGAUAUCCGGGGGCACCGUAUCAGAGACCAGCAGAUCCCUACCAGCGUCCACCAUCGGAUCCAGCCUAUGGACGACCGCCACCAAUGCCGUACGAUCCGCAUUCGCAUGUGCGAACAAAUGGCAUUCCACAUCCCUCAGCCCUGACGGGUGGAAAGCCUGCAUACUCUUUCCAUAUGAACGGUGAGGGUAGCCUACAGCCGGUGCCAUUCCCGCCGGAUGCGCUGGUAGGCGUUGGUAUACCUCGGCACGCCCGUCAGAUCAAUACGUUAUCGCACGGUGAAGUCGUCUGCGCCGUGACAAUUUCAAAUCCUACAAAAUACGUUUAUACGGGCGGCAAGGGGUGCGUCAAGGUCUGGGACAUCUCACAGCCGGGCAACAAGAACCCCGUCAGUCAGUUGGAUUGCCUGCAGCGCGACAAUUAUAUACGCUCGGUGAAGCUACUGCCCGAUGGCCGAACGCUGAUUGUGGGCGGUGAGGCAUCGAAUCUGUCGAUAUGGGACCUGGCCAGCCCAACGCCCAGAAUUAAGGCCGAAUUAACCUCAGCGGCGCCCGCCUGCUAUGCGCUGGCCAUCAGCCCUGACUCGAAGGUGUGCUUCUCGUGCUGCAGCGAUGGCAACAUUGCCGUAUGGGAUCUGCACAACGAGAUAUUGGUGCGCCAGUUCCAGGGACACACCGAUGGUGCCUCGUGCAUUGACAUCAGUCCGGAUGGUUCGCGAUUAUGGACGGGCGGUCUCGACAAUACAGUGCGCUCGUGGGACCUGCGCGAGGGCCGCCAACUGCAGCAGCACGAUUUCAGUUCUCAAAUAUUCUCGCUUGGCUACUGUCCCACAGGCGACUGGCUGGCUGUGGGCAUGGAGAACUCACAUGUGGAAGUACUGCAUGCAUCGAAACCGGACAAGUAUCAACUGCAUCUGCACGAGAGCUGUGUACUGUCGCUGCGAUUUGCCGCCUGCGGCAAAUGGUUCGUUUCAACCGGCAAAGACAACCUGCUUAACGCAUGGCGAACACCAUACGGUGCCAGCAUAUUCCAGUCGAAGGAAACAUCAUCCGUACUUAGCUGCGACAUAUCAACUGACGACAAAUACAUUGUGACGGGCUCGGGCGAUAAGAAGGCUACUGUCUACGAAGUUAUUUAUUAGAAGAUCCUACUCCUCCUCCUACACCACACCAAGCAGUUUUUUCAUUUUGUAAUAAGCGCGUAUAGUUUUUAUUACAUUAAAAAAAAAAAACAAAAACAACACACACCACACAACCACACACACACACAUACAAAAUGUUCGAAA